GAGGAUUGACAGUCCCUGGAAGAAAUGUAAUAAUAAAUAUAAAUAUGAUACCUCUAUUAAAAUACAUUUUAGUAUUUAGAAUGCGUAACCGGGGCGGCAGGCAGGUUGGUGAAUCAGGCUUCAGGUUGGUAUCUUCCACUACGUCACUGUAUAAAAAAAAGGAAAAGAAACUCAAAGUUGCCUUCCCGCCUAAGAGCAGCUGUUUACCUGAACAGACGCAGCCAAAGAGAGUAAAAGGCUUUUAUUAUACAUACAAGAGACUUUAUUACUUUCUUUUGUAGGAACAUUUAGUCAAAGAUGUCGGAUAUUUCAGAAAAAGACUGGAGGAAAACUCUGACCACCAUAAUUGAGAAUCUGGGAAAGGAUCAAUAUAAAAAGAUGCUGGCACAUUUAGACAAAAUCUCUGAAUGUAAGAAGACUCCCAGCAGAGAAAAGAUGCCUGGAGUCAUAAUUCAGAACUACGGAGUACGAGAAUCCAUCAAAGAAGUCGAUGAGAUAAUGGAUCUGAUACCAAGGAGGGAUGAUAAAAUCCAGGAUCUGCUGCGCCCCUUUGUGGACAAACUGAAUAAUGAACAGGACAAAGAGAACCAGGGGAAGAAGAGGAAACGUGAGGAGGAUGAGGAGGAAAGCGAGCCUGCAGCAGAUCCUCAGAAGAGCAGCCAAGCUGACAAAGGACCCAGCGCUGGUGUUUUGCAGGACAGAAAAGCUUCUUCUUGGAAGAAAUCCAUCAGUGAUCUGAAAUCCAGCGGGAUUCUCAACACAGAGGGCUUUAUUGGGAAAGUAGUUCAGAAAUCUGGCCUCCACAAAUAUCAAACUAAAGAGAAAGAGAAAAAGGUUUUCUUUUACGUGGCAGUAGCUGAUGAAACAGCCAGUGUUAGAUUGAUGGUAUACGGUAAAGAUCGCUACCAAAACAUCAAGGAGGGCAACUCCUACUCAUUCAGAAAGGUAAUACAAGAUGAGGAGUUUGGUGUAAAGCUGACCAAACAGAGCGUAGUGGCACGGACGAGAUCUGUUGACAUCCUGGAGGAGCUCGAGAUGGAAGCUCGGAAGCUGAUUUAUCCGGAGAGUCCAGUUUACAAGAUUGACGAAGCCAAAACUUCUGAAGACAAGACGGUAAUGAGUGUUGAAGGAACCGUUACAGAGAUUACCCCUGUCGAAAAAAACAUCAAGGUGCACUACAAACAGGAGAAGACAAAGAAGCAAAAUGUCCAACUGGAAGAUGAGACCGGCUCCAUCAGGAUCUGCAUGUGGGGUGAAGACACCGAGCUGAGCAAAGGAUUAUCACUUGGAGAUAUCAUAAAGGUGACCAACGUGAAGAGCCAUGUGUACUUUGAUGAUGUCUCACUCAACUCAACUCGAUUCACCAAAAUUCAUCAGGUGAAAAGUGUCGGCAUCCAGAACAUAAAAAUCGAGAUUACAGGAAUCAUAAAAGCCACAAAGAAGGAGACUCACCUGGACGUAGAGACAGACCGCCACGACCAGCUGCACACGUUUGUUGUGGCUACUCCACUUCUGGCAAAGGCGUUCAGCCUGAAGGGGGAUGUUGAAGAAAGUCUCCUUGAGAAAAUGCCGCUCUUUGCAGAUGCUGUGAUAGAAGGAGGGAAAAUCACUAAAAUUGAAGCCAUUAAAAAGAUGUAAAAAAACAAAAACUUGACCACAAAUAACUGAAGAUACAAACCUGUUUUCAAAAAGGUUGGGACGUUAAAACAGAAUGACCAACCUGAUCUCACAACAGCAUGUGAAAUCAACACGACUAAUGUGUGAAAAUUACGUGAAACAUCGGUUUCUGUGAGUUUAGGCUCCUAAACCACUGAGCUCGGUUUAGGGCAGAAACCUUCCUGGUAGGUACUAAAAGACAGUGUAAACACAAAAUACAUGAUUUAAUGCUGGAAGAGAAGGAGUUACGAGGACAACAUGAACCACAGAAGUUACGUAAAAAAUGAAGUUACGUAAAAAAUGAAGUUACAAAAAAAGCCACCAGCACGGAAUUCUGUGUUAAGAAGUCGUCGUCAUUUCAUGUAAUUUUGUGAGAUGAGGUUGUCUUGGACCAACAUCAUGCUGAUCAGUUUGUUUUUAACUGGUUAUUGGAUACUAUAAAACGGGGCUGUGACGUCUUGAUUGACGGCUGUAACUGACUCCUGAUUGGUCCGGCCUGCGUUUGGGCGGGACCCCGGGUUCUUUUCUCAGUCUGUGGUUCAAAUUGAUAAACUUUUGUUUUUGAAAAUAUAAACUCUGAAUUGUAUGCUUUCUGUUUUUAUUUACAUUUUAGCGUCCCAACUUUUUUGGAAUCAGGGUUGUAGAGGAACAAACAAUGUGGUCAUAGUUGAGCAAACACGAUGUUGGAUUUUUGAGGCAUAUCUUUUUCCACUUCUUCCAGCUUUGAAACUUUGCUUUUAUUUCUUGACAUUUAUCAGUCACUCUUCAGUUAUUCAUUCUUGAAAUAUAGUUUUUAAGCAGCUUUCAUUGAGCAUUUUGAUGAUUUCUACAUCUAUAAAGGUUUUGCAGAUUCACUGUAACUGGGAUUGUUUGGUUGUCUUGAUUGUUUCUUCACUUGUUUUCUAUGUUUGGUUUUUUUAUUUGAAUGUUCAUUAUAAUCAGAAUUAUGUAGUUCCAAAAUCCUAAUCCUGAAAUUAGGAGAAUAGAAAAAAUAAAAAUUGAUGUGUUAAUAUGUUAAACCACUUUAUGUUGCAGCUGAUCUAAACUAUAUGAAUAAUAUUAAUGACAAUAACUUUAAUCAGCAUCUGAAGUUUGUGUACUUUUUUUUAUUGUUGCAGUUUGUUGGGUUGUAAGUCGCUUUGGAUAAAAACUUCUUAAUAAAUAUAUUGUGAUGUCA